CUUUUUCUUUUUAGACAAUGUACUCAAAGAACCACACAGUGGUCAGUGAGAUUGUUCUGUUGGGAUUUCAGGAUCUACACAAAUUCAAGUUUCCCCUCUUCUCUCUGUUCCUUCUGAUUUACAUUAUGUCACUGUGGGAGAAUCUCCUCAUCAUAGCAUUGGUGGCAUCCAGCCGGAACCUCCAGUCCCCCAUGUACUUCUUUCUCCGGCAGCUGUCCCAGUCUGAUAUACUGGAGUCCUCAAAUAUCGUACCCACCUUGCUCCAAACUGUAAUUCACGAUAGAGCGACGUUGUCCUUUGGUGGUUGCCUUACCCAGUUUUAUUUUUUUUCUGUGACGGAAGCCUUUGAGUGUUUGCUUCUAACAAUAAUGUCCUACGACAGAUACGUGGCCAUCUGCAACCCACUGCAUUACAAUUCUAUAAUGACCCACAGGGUUUGUAAGAAAUUAGCAUUCCUGUCUUGGGCUCUUGUCUUUGCCGUUGAAUUGAUUCCAAUGAAUUUAAUAAGGACUUUACAGUUCUGUGAUCAAAAUACCAUUGAUCAUUUCUUCUGUGAUUUCUUUCCUCUUAUAGAACUUUCCUGCUCAGAUGCCUUCUUACUGCAGAUUGUUGGCUUCUUUCUAUCAGUCCCUAUACUUUUUAUGCCGUUUAUACUGACCACUGUAUCCUAUAUCUGUAUUGCCCAUGCAAUCCGAAAGAUCGUGUCCAAUAUCGGGAGACAAAAAGCCUUCUCCACCUGCAGCUCCCACUUGAUUGUGGUCUCCAUAUUUUAUGGGACUCUAAUCUCCAUUUAUGUGGUUCCCCCACGAAGAGGAUCACAGACCAUAAGCAAAAUUUUCUCUCUGUUGUACACUGUGCUUAUUCCUUUAGUUAACCCAGUCAUCUAUAGCUUGAGGAACAAGCACAUCAAAGAUGCUUUUAAAACGUGUAGACUUCAUUCACGUCUAUGA